UUGCACUCUUACAAUAGGUGGAGUUCGCCGGUAGCAGGUACCGAUUACCACAGAACACACUCAACGUCUUGGCGCCGCUAGGACAAAAUGGAGCAUUCUUCAACAACGUCAACAACUGACAAAACAAGAAAAAGAAGUGCAUUGAGGAGAUGGGCAAUCGACGAAGAACUGAAAAGGCUAGCUGAGGAGAGACUGAUGAUUAGAAGGGCUUUGGUCUUGGUCCGAGAAAGCAUUGCAAGAAGAGAGGCAGAACUUUUGCUAAUUCGAAGACAAUUAAAUGCACUGAAGGGGGUGUAUUCGAAUGAGAGUCUGCCAGGAAAAUGUGACCAAAAUGGGACGGCGGGGGCCUCAAGCUGUGUGCCUCCUGAGAACACUGCUCAUCCUUGCACUUAGAGGGCCCCGCUCCAAUAGGAAACAGACUGAGAUGAUCACCUCAUCCAGGAGCCAAGAAAGUAUCAACCUACAGUAUUAACGGCAGUUCCUCUAUAGCUUGCUGAGAGA